CCGAAAGAGGGCGUGAUUUUUCAGUCCACAACUUGGUCUGACUUUGGCAGUGGCGGGUAUUUAAAUUGAACAUUUCUGGAAAUGAAGAUUUGACCUGAUCCGUUUACCACAUGUCAGCAGAAAUCGGGCUCAAAAGGUGUCAAAGCGGGGCCAGAGGCCGCAAGACCCCAGCAGAAAGGAGAGCGAGUGUUUACGCUGCCUCUAGUGAUGCGUAAAUCAUGUGUGCAGUCAGUCAGACCAAGACGGUAUUGUUGUGAAGUGGAGAGAGCUUGGGGGGUUACAAGUCAGGGCAGUGGAGUCUCUGAUGGGAUUGGUGUAGCAUUGGCGGGGUUGCUGGCGGUGCUGGUCGACACAUCAAAGGAUCCUUAUCAAUCCCUCUUUAGUCUGAGACACCGCAGGUAGGCUGUCGCAUUACCUACGUGACCCUGUCAGGGGUCCUUCACUUGUUUUGCUCAGAGUUUGUGAAAUCAAUUGCUCGCCAGUUGAACCAUAAACUGGAAGUUUUUGACUGUCGCUACGGAAUUUCAAGUUAGAAGAAGCUCACGCAUGUAUUCAGCUUUUUAAGAUUGCAUACAAGUUGGUUCCCUUCUGUUUUACACUGCUUGGAAUCCUUUUAAGGAAAAAAUUGUCUAUGAUUGAGGCAAAACUGUAAGGACUAUUUUUGAAUGGACCUUCCAGGCAUGUCUUGCGUCGUCGUUCUUGGUGUAUUGCUGGGCUGUCUGCUGGGUGGUGUGGCACCCCAACUCUCACCCUAUCCCUUCACCCCUCCGUCCUGGCCCUGCAGCUUCCAGGGGGAGGAGUCAGAUCUAGGGGUGGGGCAGACGGAGGUUGCGUUGUCAGUCAGUGUCGAGGGGAAUCCACUGUUUUAUGUGCCGGGAACUUGGUAUCAAGUGAGCCUGACAUCCAGCUCGAUGUUCAAUGGCAUCUCCGUCAUUGGUGUCUUCACGUCCCAGAUUCCCGGAACCUCCGUGGGGCCAUGGGAUGCUAGCAGUCCCAUACCAGGCAUCACCUACAUGUGCUCCUUGAUCCAUCAACAGAUGAUGCGGCUACCCCAGCGAGAUGCAUUGCUCUAUUGGAUUGCUCCACCGGCCGGAAGUGGCUGUGUCAGUUUCAUGGUGACUGCGUUUCUCGGACAGCAGACAAUUCUAAAGGACGCCCUCGCUCUGCAACUCUGCGAGAGAGGAAUGCCCACGUCUGCGCCAUUCCGGCCCCAGUUGGCCUCGGUGCACAGCGAUGGGGUGAUACUAAGAGACGAUUUUGAUUCCUCUGACGCUCUGGACUACACCGUCUGGUCUGAAUUGCACGGUGGCAACAUCAGUGAUAGCUGCGGUACCGUUCUCCAUGGUGACUCCAUUGUGUUUUGCAACCAUCUUGGCAGGAGGGAAUUAAGCACCGCUCACUUGAAUCUCACCUCGGCGUCUGUCCUGCAGUUUGCACUCAGUUCCGGUGUCUGCAAGCCAGGCGUUGGGGACUAUAGUCUCUCUGUCUCCUACGCUGUCAACGAUCGCGUGGACUGGCAUCAAAUUGAGAAAAUCAGAGUGCCCACGGACGGCCAUACCACCAUCCACAUCAUCCACCUUCCUACCGAGGCUCGGCAACCAGGAGUCUGUCUACGCCUCCACCAGGACCUAGCCAUGGAUGUCCAUAGUUUCUAUGGCUGCUGGGCCUUGGAUAACGUCUUGAUCACCAGCAUGGCUCACAGACCCACGGCGCUGGAGGAGGAGUUUGAUCCUAUCGCCAUGGAUAAUUGGCUGUUCUUCCCUGGCGGUCACAUCAGGUCUGCGUGUCAUUCGGAGGGUGAUGCUCUAUUCUUCCACACUCCUGCCCAGCCUGACCAGGACAUCUAUCAGUUUGUCACCACCCACGAUCUCAAUCUGUACAUGCCAGCCUCCAGCCUCAUCCUGGAAGAACACAUCCAUGGUGACAGGAUGCCAGCAAAUUGGAAUAUCACCGGUGGCCAUGUGGGUCAGAUGUGCGGCACUGUGCAUUCCGGUUCUUCCCUGGUAUUCAGCGGUGACGGGGACCGGUUAGCUUGUAGCCAGUACAUCAAUGCUACUGAAGCUGGCAACAUGAGAUUCCACUUCACAAUGGGUGGCGGUUCUUGUGAUCCUGCUGAUACUGAGGACGUCCAAGUAGAAGUGUUAGCUCAAGUUGACGGGAUGCAAGCGCCUAUUCUACUCACCACACUCGCCUAUAACUCCUACCGUAAACCUCAGCCCGUCUCUGUGAACAUCCCACCAAGUGCCCGCUCCCCGGCAACAAAGUUCUGUCUCCAACAACGGAUCCACCACGGCCUCAAUCGCAACGUCUGGGCCGUGGAUGAGAUCCUCAUAUCGUCAUGGCGACCGGAUCGCAUCAUCCAUCAUUUACAGUUUGGUCUCAGUCUGGCUUGUGGUUCAGAUGAGGUCCAUGCCAGUGAUGGAAGCUGGGUUCAUGUGGAGUUCUCUACGGAUCGAGGCCGAUCCUGGUCCAUGCUGAGGGAGCAGUGUCAUCCAGACACCUGUCAAGGCUCAGUGAUUGCUGAGAGCUCAGUCUAUGGGUUACAAGAUGUCCAUGAAGGCUGGACCCGAGUGAUUUUGCCUCUGCCCUCAGCAGCUCUGACAUCAAGUACAAGGUUCCGCUGGAGACAAGCCCUACCCACCCCACAGACAAAAUGGGCCAUCGAUAAUGUGUACAUCGGCGACGCCUGCUCAGAUCACAUGUGCACUGGUCAUGGACGCUGUACGGCACAGGGUUGCAGGUGUGAUACAGAUUUCACCAGUCAUGACUGCAGUAUACCGGUCUCCCCUCUGCCCACCAAUUUCACAGAGGAUUUUGAAGACUUUGAUGCAGAGACGGACUUCAAGUUCUCGACCCUCCGUGGGGGCAUUGUGGGAUAUGACUGCGGAGUGUUGGCGUCGGGCAAAGCGCUGGUCUUUAACCAAGAUGGCAGGAGAGAGAUUGUUACCGAGGAAUUGAAUAGCACCAAUAGUAGGUUCCUUCAGUUCACCGUCCGUAUCGGCAGCCAUUCCAGCAUCGGCACCUGUGCUUCUCCAGAUGACCAAUCAGAAAGCUUGCUGCUGUUCUACAGCUGCAACAACGGCAUUGAAUGGCAGCUACUGAAACACAUGGAGUACAACGGCUACAAAACCCCAAGAUCUGAAUUGAUUCACCUUCCUUCCGGAGCCAUGGGUCCGGCCUGUCGCUUCCGUUGGUGGCAACCAUCUCACUCCGGCACUGGCCGUGACGUCUGGGCGCUAGACGGUAUCUCGCUGACAUCGGUACUCUACAACACCAUCAAAGUAGACAUGAGUGACGAGAGAACGGUGGGGCAGGCGCUAAGCUUCCAUCUAGGGGAGAUUAGGGACUUCUGCAAGGCACAGAAAGCUCUGGUGUUUUCCGGUAGCUCAGAACCUGGUGGCAUUCGUUAUGCUGAGACUCAGAGCCUACGGAUUGGUGCUUCAUACAUCGUACAGUUUGAUCUGGUCAUGGGUUGCGGCCGAAGGUACAACCAGCCACACAGAGAUGAUAAGAAAGUAUACCUUGAGUUUUCCACUGACCAUGGUCUAUCCUGGCAGCUGGUCACCCAGGAGUGUCUACCAGGCCAAACCCACUGUCAAGAUGACUACCAUGGCGCUAGUGUCUAUGAUGAUACACAGUAUGGGGACUGGUCACGCAUCACUGUAAGACUUCCGUCAGCCCUGAGGACUGCAUCUACAAGAAUCCGUUGGCGUCAGUCAGUCUUUACUGGAAUGGAUUCAUGGGCCAUUGAUAACAUCUAUAUAGGCAGAGAAUGUCCCAAGCUGUGUCAUGGGCAUGGACGCUGUGUGGAUGGAGAAUGCAGGUGUGAUGGCACACGUUACAGCGGUGAGACCUGUACACCCAGCUACCUACCCUCCUCCGUCCAAUCAGAUUUUAACGAGGCUGCAGUCUUGUUCUCUGAUUGGAGGGAUGUCCAUGGUGGAAUGAUUACAGGUGGUGAGGAUGGGUGUGGUAUCGUCACCUCAGGAUCCUCUCUCUACUUCUACGGACCUGGUGUGCGCGAUAUAGUCAGUCAUGAUCUGAACACGGCCUCAGCAUCCUUCAUUCAGUUCUAUAUCCGACUAGGCGGUGAUGGCACGCAAGCUUCCUGCCGUGGGAUUGACCGUCGGGCUGAAGGGGUUCUACUCCAGUACUCCAACGAUGGGGGAAUCACAUGGCAGUUACUGCUGGAACUGUACUACACCGACUACAGGCAAGCCAAGUUUGUCCAUCAGAAGCUCCCUCCGUCAGCCAAGACUGGAUGUACUCGAUUCCGUUGGUGGCAGCCUACCCACGCUGGGGCCUUUGAGGAUCAGUGGGCACUUGAUGAUGUCUAUAUUGGCAAUGAGUUCAACACACAAGCUGGACAUGACACAUACAUACAGGAUAAAGGCAUAAGUCCAGACGGUCUGUGGAUGACCAUCAGUAACGGGGAACCAGGCAGCUACUGUAGCUCAGUCAAUAUGAAUGCAUUAGUCUUCAAUCAGCUAGGCGGGGACCGGUUUGCUGUUACUAGGAAGAUGGCACUGAAACCCGGUGAUGUCAUUCAGUUCAAGAUUGUGAUUGGUUGCCUGUCUGGUUUCACCCAUUUCGCUCCCGUCUAUCUCCAAUAUUCUCACGACAACGGUCUUCACUGGAACCAAGUUGUGGAUAACUGCUACCCCUCCAGCAUGGAGGAAGGGAUGUGCACAGGGGCGGGGCUUACGUAUCAAGAGGGGAGUGUCUAUCACAUGGGGCAGUAUGCCUACUGGAGAUUGGUGGUUAUACGUCUACCAGAAUACAUCACUCAAAAGAAGGCCCAGUUCCGUUUUUGGCAGGCUGAGGACAAGUUUGCUCCUACGUUCAGUAUCGGUGAGGUGUACGUCGGCGAAGCAUGCCCAGAGAACUGUCACGGCCAUGGGGUAUGCCGGGACGGUGAAUGUCAUUGUGAUUAUGGUUACACAGGUACCAGCUGCCAGCCAUUGAGAGAGAACUCCAUGGGCCUGAAGGACGAGUUCGAAGGACGGACACUCGGUGCAUUGUGGGCCAGCAUACAGAGUGGAGCCAUCGGUCAGGGGUGUGGUAUCAUCAAGAUGGACAACACUCUGUACUUUGGGUCAGUUGGUCCGAGAGAAGCUCGGACGGUGCCACUCAACACAACAGCCAUCAAGAUCCUACAGUUCUUCCUCCGUAUCGGCAGCACUCACCUAGGAUCCCAAUGCACGCAGGCUACAUCUCGUAGGGAAACAGUCAUCGUACAAUUCUCUGUCGACAACAGUAUCACAUGGCAUACUCUACAAGCGAUUGACCCUACUGCAGUAGACAUGGCUUCAUCCAUCAAAAUUACAGUGGAACUGCCCGCGGCGGCCAAGACAGAUGAUACAGUGUUCAGAUGGUGGCAACCAUUCAUAUCAAUGGAUGUGAGACAGGCACAGUGGGCCAUAGACAACGUUCUGAUCGGUGCAAACGACACCCAUGCACAGGGCUUCUAUGAACCCUUCGACAUGGAAUUGAGUGAUAACUGGUACUCCGUCAUGGCUGGUACCCAGAAGACAUACUGCCAGUCCAGACAAGAAGCACUGGUCUUUGAUGGGAGAAGUGGUAUUCCACGCUAUGCCGAGACAUGGGACUUUGAAAUCACCCCAGCGACAUUCCUCCAGUUUGAGAUCGUUGCUGGAUGCGGCCAGUCAGCAUUCUCAUCACCCAAUCACUCCAUCGUCUUGGAGUAUUCGGUAGACAUGGGCAGGUCCUGGCAUGUCUUGAAGGAGGAGUGUGUCCCACCGGAUAUGGGAUGCGGGGGAUAUGACCUGGGGAGUAUCUACACAGCUGACAUGUAUUCUCAAUGGACUCGGGUGACUGUCUACUUACCUAAAGCUGCUGUGUCGCCCUCAACCCGUUUCCGCUGGUCCCAACCGGUUUUCACUGGUCAGCAAGAUGUCUGGGCCCUAGACUCCAUCCACUUGGGUUUGUAUGAUUGUCCCUGGAUGUGCUCCGGCCAUGGAGGUUGUCAGAAUGGACAGUGCAUUUGCGAUCAGGGCUAUGGUGGCUCCCGUUGCGUCCCUCUGCAACCCUUACCCAAGAUGCUUAAAGACAACUUUGAGGGUUUGCUCUCUGAGGAACGCUGGCCCAGUUCAUACGGAGUGGACAUCGGUAACAUGUGUGGCAUACUCCUCUCAGGAACUGCGGCUGUCUUUAGACAGGCUGGUCCACGGAUGCUGGUAACCCAAGACCUUGACUGCACUAUGAUGCAGUACAUGCAGUUCACCUUCCAGUAUAGCUGCCCAUCGCAGGGUACCGGCGUAGAUCCUGACCGGUCCCGUGCUGUGCUGGUCCAGUAUUCAAGCAACGGCGGUACUACCUGGGAGACGUUACAGGAACUACACUACACCGCGCCCCUCAGUCCGACGUUUAUCAAUAUCAAGCUGCCCAUGUUCCAGAACAACGCUACCAAGUUUCGUUUCUGGCAGCCCAAACACUCAGGUGAUAGUGAUUCUUGGGCAAUCGAUGGUCUGAUCAUUGGAGGUAACCUGAUGGGUAGUAACAUGCUUGCUGGAGACUUUGACUCGGGAGUCUCAGAGGUAGACUGGCUGUAUUACCCUGGAGCACGACUGGAUCGUUUCUGUCCACCGUCUGACGAUGUUGACGUGCAAUCUACGCAACCAAGGUUGGCUGCCGGUAGUAGCCUAGGCCUGGUGUAUCAACUACAGCCUGGCGAGCAUUCAAUGACCACAAGAGACAUUGAUGUCAACGAACACACCAUGGUACAGUUUGAGAUCAACGUUGGUUGUACUGCCGAGACAAUCUCAGCUUUUCCUGUUUCGCUGGAGUACUCACGAGACCAUGGAUCCACAUGGAACCUGCUCAAACCGGAUUGCUUCAACCAAAACUGGUCUAGUAGCGUCUGCUCUGGUCAUGUCUCUGAACCCAGCGUGUAUUAUAUAGGGGAGAUUGAGCCCUGGAAGAGAGUCACCAUACUAAUCAAUGGACUGCACAUAUGUGGGAUUGCCCGUUUCCGAUGGUACCAAGGCUUCUACCGGUCGCAUGACCAGCCUCGCCCGUGGGCUCUGGAUAACGUCUACAUUGGUCCCCUGUGCCCUGAACUGUGUGGUGGGCAUGGGGCUUGCAUGGAUGGGAACCAGUGUCGAUGUGACCGAGGCUACGGAGGUAGAAACUGCUACGCCAUCCAGCAGAAUCCACGAUACCUCAAGGAGGAAUUUGAAGACUCUAAAGUGGACUCCAUGAAGUUUCUGCAGUGGAGCGGUGGUGAGGUGACAAGCAAAUGUGGCACCCUGAUCACCGGCACCAGUCUACACUUUGUCGGCAGUGGUAAACGAAUGCUGGUGACUAGGGAUCUAAACCUCACUGCUGCCAGCAUCGUUCAUUUCUUCAUCCGGCUCGGUUGCCAGCGCACCCCACCCAGCAACAAGAACCAUCCAAUUCAGUUGCAAUACUCCACCAACGCAGGCAUCACUUGGUCUCUCUUAGAAGAAAUGCACUUCAGUAACAUCAGCAACCAGGCCAGAUACGUCAUGCUGGAGCUUCCUAGUGGGUCACGGAGUAAUGCUACUAGGAUCAGGUGGUGGCAACCGUCCAAUCAGGGCAGCUUCUUGGAUGAGUGGGCUAUUGAUCAGAUUUUCAUCGGUGGGCACGGUCAUCCCAUGCUGCAAGAUGACUUUGAUUCCUCCAUGCAGCGAGACAGUAAUGAGAUCACCUCGCCACAUGAUCAGAAUUGGAUCCUAUCACCCGGUGGGGUUACUGAACAGGUGUGUGAUUCUGGGGUGAACGCCCUGCACUUUGGCAGCAAUGAUCAGAUGCGCUACAUGGUCAGCACUGACGUCAUGGUAACGGAGCAAACAUUCUUGCAGUUUGAGCUGACGAUGGGAUGCACUCGCUCCAACCAAUGCUACAGUAUUGAUUUGGAGUAUUCCCUAGACAUGGGCAAACAUUGGCAACUGGUCUACCAAGAAUGUCUCCCAUCAGACAUCGACUGCUCUCACUAUCACCCAAGCAGUCAACUAGGAGCUGAUAUCUACGCUGGAUGGAAUCGUGUCAUCAUGCCGCUACCGCCACACACAAGGUCUAAAUCCACUCAGUUCCGUUGGCGUCAACCGGAUGGGUUUGAACCGUCCAGUACCUGGGCAGUCAGCUAUGUGUACAUCGGCUCUGAGUGUACAACAAUGUGCACUGGCCAUGGCAGAUGCAAUACUGCUUACUGCGUCUGUGACAGCAACUGGCAGGGACCAGCCUGUGAGUUCCCCAUCAGACCGCUACCUCAACAAGUCAGGGAACCGUUCUCUCAACAGCCUGUGGUCUCCGGUGGAGGGGCGUGGCUUAACAUCAAUGGUGGGAUGGUCUCCAGUUCCUGUGGACCAGUGGCCUCGGGAAAAGCUCUGCACUUUACUGGGGCCUGCACACGUCAACUCAUCACCACAGAUCUGGACCUAACCCAUGGUACUCAUAUACAGUUCUAUAUUCGUUAUGGUUGCCUAUCCUUGCCAACCCAACGUAGUCACAAUGUGCUACUGCAGUAUUCUACUGAUGGCGGUGUGCAUUGGGCAUUGCUGACGGAACUGCAUUACAGCAGAUACUCUAUACCCAGUUUUGUCUCCAUCGAGUUACCCACGACAGCUCGGACCGUCGGUACCCGGUUUAGCUGGUGGCAGCCUAACCAUCCAGGCAUCAACCAAGCCGACUGGGCCAUCGAUAACAUCCUAAUUGGUGGUUCGUCUGACAACCGACCUUCCGCCAUGGCCGAUGACUUUGACUUGGGACUGCCAAGCAUAGACUGGCUGUUCUUGGAUAACGCCGCCGUUCUCCCGUUCUGUGAUGAAUUGGACCAAGAAGGGAUGUUGGACGGGAUGAGGGAGAACCUGUCACUUGUCGGAGGGCUGGAUGCUGAGGAAGGAACCGUGAUCACAACGGUAGACCUGCAGCUGCAGGAAGGCACUGUCUUAGAGUUUGAGAUCAGCACCGGCUGCAAUGCAUCAUGGGAUAGUCCCUUCAGCCCUGUCCAGCUGAUAUUUUCCACUGAUCACGGCAUCACAUGGUCACACCUGAUUCGCCAGUGUCUGCCCUCAGACCCAGAAUGCAAUGGCGUUGUGACGCCGCCCAGUUCUUACUACGUCCAUCAUGGAUGGAGGAGAGUUGUUAUUCCACUACCAGAGGAAGCUAUUUCAGGGAGCACUCGUUUCCGGUGGUACCAGGAGGUCUUGCCUGGUUCCCUGCCUCAGCGCUGGGCCCUGGAUGAUGUCUCUAUCGGCCCGGCUUGCCCACUCAUGUGCAGCGGUCAUGGAUCAUGUGACUACCCACAAUGCAUCUGUGAUGAGGGAUUCGACGGCUUUGCUUGUGAGCGUAGUCUUGGCAUAAGGGACAACUUGAAGGAAAGUUUCCUGAGCUCAGACCUGGAUUCCUCAGCCUGGGAUUUGGUCCAAGGAGGACGCAUCACCACGACUCAAGACUGCGGUACGGUCAGGGAGGGGUGGUCACUGUACCUCAGUGGGCUUGGUCUGCGACUGGCUGAGACGAUGGACUUAGAUCUCAGAGAUGCAAGUUUUGUGCAGUACCAUGCAGUGAUUGGUAGCGAGCGUAAUAUCCCAUCAUGCAUCAGACCAGCUGGCAGGUCUGAGAGUGUUCUCCUCCAGUACUCCAUUGAUGGUGGAAUCAGCUGGAUCCUAUUAGCUGAGUUAGACUACGAGCGUUACACCACACCGCAGCGUCAUUACUUCACCUUACCCGCUGCGGCACGCACACAGGCCACAAGACUUCGCUGGUGGCAGCCAGUUGGGAACGGACGACGGGCUCAGUGGGCUCUGGAUGAUGUUUAUAUCGGUGGUUCGGAAAUAAACCCCACCCAUCUGACCGAGUCCUUCAACGUCGGCCUUACUGAGGCAUUGUGGGAUUUCUACCCAUACGGACAGGUGCGAGUCGGUGUUUGCCUCAACAGUGAGAGCGCCCUCUAUUGGGCCAAUCGACGAUACAGUCAAGAGGACAACGUGGCCGUCACACGGCAGCUUAUCAUUGACGCCAACUACAUGUUACAAUUCAAAAUUGUAGUUGGAUGCCAAGACGUCUCCCCAUCCUGCAUUGAGGAUUUCCCAGUUAGUCUGGAGUACAAGACACACCCGGCUGACUCCCACUGGACUCUACUCAAGCCGACCUGCCUACCAGACAGUGAUGAUGAUGCUAGGUGCUACCCUAUGCAGUAUGAGCGUGGGAGUGUCUAUAGUGCUAAUGAGUAUGGUGUAUGGAGGAGGGUGAUGUAUGCCUUACCUCCGAAGACGGUGUCCAGUAUGACCCAGUUCCGUUGGAUUCAAGUCUCAGCCAGUCAUCCAGCCCCUGCCUGGUCAUUGGAUGAUGUCUACAUUGGAGCUAGCUGCCCUGAUCUGUGUAGCGGUCAUGGGUCCUGUGGCUCUGAUGGACGUUGCCAAUGUGACCCAGGGUUCAUAGGUGAGAAGUGCAUCCCCAAGCGACCGCUCCCAAUCCGUCUCGAUGAUAGCUUUGAGGGCGGCAUCUCAGAUCGUACCUGGUCAUCGGUGCGCGGAGGCGGCCUAGGGAUGGGUUGUGGCGCCCUCGUGCCUCACGCACACGGCAAGUCACUGUACUUCAGCCAGUGUGGGCUGAGAGAGGCCAUCACGGUGGAACUGGAUACAACUAGAGCUAGAGAGAUCAUGUUUGUCCUUCAAAUCGGAAGCGCUUCCCUGACCAACCCCAGCUGUUUCCUCAACCUAACCUCCCCUGACAUUGAGAACAAGGCCGUCCUCCUGCAGUACACCACGGACAACGGCAUCCACUGGCACCUGAUAGAGUCACAUGAUCCUGCGGACUACCAGCGAGCUCAGCGGGUGUCCUACCGACUGCCAGCGGAGGCUGGAGGGAGGGCUGUGCGAUUCCGCUGGUGGCAACCAAGACACGGUGGUUCAGGGAGGGACCAGUGGGCCAUUGAUCAUGUACAGCUAGUCAUGUCCAGGCAUGUUAUGUUGAACCCCUACUACAAAUGAAAGACCCUCAGCAAGCUAGCCAUGUAAUCACCUCACAAGCCAAGCCAAUAAAUGUCUCAUGAUGCAUUGUACCGUGUAGUUUACAUAUGCUCACCUCUUUUUUAUAAUGCACGCAGUGCUUUUUUUUAAUACAAAAAUGGAUGCAUUUCCUGUGUAUGCAGUGCAGGGAUGAGGUUGUCAGUUCACGAAAAGGUCUGAAAAUUGGAUGAAAGGUCUGAAAAUUCACGCUUUUGUGCUAAGUUCUAUGCAGAGUUAUACAAUUUUCUCCGAUUCCAAAGGCCCGAUUUCAGUCCAAAGUCUGAAUAAUCUAAAGCCUGGUAUUGUAUCUGCCCAUUCAUUACAAUCCGAGUAUGGGGGAUUUGUAGUGCAGUUUUUAUUCGGGAAAAGUUGCCCUGUGCACAACUGGUUUUUUAUCACACACUAUGCCUUCCUUGGUAAUCAUGAGCUUAAUGUACUAUUGAAUGUGUGAAACAGGGAACCAACAAACAAGGUCAGCCAUUUUUAAUUGACACACUUUCCAGACAACUCGGUAUUUGUUGUGUUAGAAGUCAUACUCUUCUUGUAAAUAUUUUAUUUCUGAUAGGUAGAACUAUAAUAUGAAUCCCAAAGUCAUGUAACAUACAUUAUAAUGCAACCCAAAUAAUUUUGAAACCCAAAUAGUUUUAAAGUUUUUAAAACAGAUCUCUUUUGAUACUUUUAUCAUUUUGUACAAAUUUUUUUACAUUUUCAUAUUCUGGAAAAAUCCAUUGCUUUUUAUAAUAAACUUCAACAAGAAUAUAU